GCAGGUUAUGACCCCCUGGUGAAUUCAGCUCUGUUGACUGUCCUGCAUCAGGAGAUUGAUCGGUUUAAUCAUCUCCUGUCAAUCAUACACAGCUCACUCAAUGCUCUGCAGCAGGCUGUGCGAGGAGAGAUUAUACUGAAUAAGGUCCUGGAGGAGCAGCUCUAUAACUCCCUGGGCAACCUCAAGGUGCCUGAGCUGUGGCAGCGGUGCUCAUACGAAUCUUGUAAGCUACUUGGCUCCUGGGUAGAUGAUCUUGUAGAAAGAAUUGGGUUUUUCUCCACUUGGGCCAGUCACGUGUAUCAAUGUAUACAGGAGAGGUUUGGUCAGCAGCUGGGGCUGAAAAAGACAUUCAAACAUUCCAGACCAAAUUCAUCCCAAAUUUCUGACACUCUUUUGGAGAACAGGUCACACCCCACAGGGGAGCCGUACAAUUACUGGAUUCCUGCUUUCUUCUUCCCUCAAGGGUUCCUGACAGCUGUUUUACAAAAUUAUGCCCGAAAAAGAGGUCUAUCAGUGGACUCACUCACCUUUAAAAACAACAAGUGGAGCCUGUUGUGACAGUCCCCAGUCACACUACAAACAGAAUUGCCAGCAUCGCUGAAAUGGCUUUUAAUGGCUUACCUCCACCUGAACAAGGAGUUCUGGUUUUCGGCCUCUUCCUGGACAGUGCUCGGUGGUGCCAUGAUACACAGGUCUUAGAGGAGUGUGAACACCAGCAAAGAUUUUACCCAUUACCACAAAUCCAUUUCAUCCCACACAUGAUUGAACAGGAGAAUGCAAGCAGCUGCACCGAUGAACACAACAAAGCCUUCACUUAUGAAUGUCCAUUAUACAGGACACCCCUGCGGGCUGGAACUUUAUCAUCAACAGGACAUUCCACCAAUUAUGUAACAUCUGUGAAUAUACCAACUGUGGUCAGACCUGAGCACUGGAUACGAAGGGGGGUGGCCAUGCUCUGCCAAAUAACUGAAUGA